AUGGCACCCAAUGCGCCUCUGCUGCCAUCGCGGUUCCCAUGCUGGUGCCGGGCAGUUUAUUCCUGGGGAGGAGAGACAACACGGGAUCUAGGAUUUGUCGAAGGUGAUUUGAUCGAAUGUCUGAACGCAGGAGACGGGCAAUGGUGGAUGGGCCGUCUGCGUCGUGAUAAGCGGGCAGUUGGUCUAUUCCCAUCCAACUUUGUUGAGCUCAUGAGUGAAGAUUUCGUGCCAAUUAGCCGUGAUACAAGCCCAAUGGUGCAGGCAACUUCAUCGCCGAUCAACAACCCUACCUCCGCGCCCAAGAAACAGAAAACAGUGUUCCGUAAACCAUUCCAAGCACACAAGGAAGCCCUAUCUCCAGCUUCGAAUCUGGCCCGGAGCAGGUCCAACACCCCGGUUACAAGUUCAGUUCCACAAACACCGCCUCGAGACGGUGGAGGUACCCCCAGAAGCAAGCCCUUGCGUACACAUGCAUCAGCAGUCAAGAACCAAGGGUCCGUCUCUUCUCGGCCUUCUUCUGUUUCCUCCAGACACUCCUCGCGCGGUCCUUCACCACGAGCAUCGGUAGAAACCGAACGACCACCUUCAAACAUGAUGCCUCGCGGAAGCAUUUCCUCUUCGCGGCAAUCCUCUCGUGAAGUCUCACCAUUUCCUCGGGAAUCGUCACCUAUGCAUCGCGAAAGUUCCCCGCUAUUUCAUCAAAGUUCUCAAUCUAGACGUGAACAUUCCCCGUUGCCGCCUCGCGCAACUUCUCCAAUGCCCCAUAGAGGGGGCUCGACGAGCAGUUACCACGCUCCUUCCAUGCCGCCCCACAGGCCAGUAUCACCAAUGUAUUAUGAGGAUCCCCGAAUGGCUCAGCCUCCGGAUUCUCCGAUGUAUCAACCGGAACCUCCUAUGCAUCGUACGCCUUCUCCGUUGCCCCAUCGUGCACCUUCGCCCAUGUACCAUCAAGGAUACCAAGGAUCUCCAAUGCAUCGUGCGCCUUCUCCGUUACCCCAUCGCGAACCUUCGCCGAUGUAUCAUCAAGAACUCCCAAUGCAUCGUCAGCCAUCUCCAUUGCCGUAUCGUGCAGCGUCUCCAAUGUACCAACCUGAACCGCCGAUGCAUCGCACGCCAUCUCCAUUACCCCAGCGUGCGGCUUCACCAAUGUACUAUCCAGAGCCCACAAUAAAUCGUGCGCAAUCUCCACUGCCCCAUCGCGCGGCUUCGCCAAUGUAUCAACCAGAACCCCCCACCCAUCGGCAACCUUCGCCUUUACCAUCACGCUCUGUUUCGCCCAUGCCCUAUCGUGCAUACUCUCCAAUUCCCCCAGAUAAUUCUGACAUGGACACGGAAGAACGCGACGAUUCUCCCCCGCCGCCGCCUCCACCUCCACAUCGCGUGGCUGUCAAUCGAGCACAAUCACAUUCUCCACAGCCACCUAUGCAUUCACCAGCACAGCAGCGUGGCCUACUACGAUCCCCGCAGCCUCCAACACAUUCACCAAAACCCCCACGUUCGCCUGCUCCUUUGAACAUGAACGAUCGUUAUGUGAUAUUCUCCCGUACACCGUCUCCCGGGGCAAUUUCAACGCAUUCGGCCCAGUCAGAUAUGAAUGGAAACACUCCCUCUCCCCUGAGAGACGCGAUGGAAGAUGUGAUGACCUCACUAGAAGACAUGGGAUUGCCGCGUGAACCGCCUUCCCCAUCGCCGCAUCAACCUCCAUCACCUUCUCCUAUCCCCACAUUCAAUAACCCGUGGUCGGCUGAUGCUUUGGAAAGUAUGGAUGAAAAGACGCCUACCGCGAAUAGGCGACGACCUCUCACGUCGUUGGGGUUUGAUGGAUACAAGCAGCCCCAUCGUGGGGAAUUAGUUCAUCGGAACAGUGCAUACUCUCACGACCAUUAUAUGGAUGGCCCCCCUCAGUUGAAUAACUAUGUACAAAGAAUGGAAAGUCGCCUUCGCCAAUUGGAGGAUCAAAACCGCCCAACUGGAGACAAUGAACCUGGAAACGAUGAUCAAGCUCCUCCUCCGCCCCCUCCAAAGCAUUCCAGCCAUCAUGCACGCCAUAAUUCGAUCCCUGCCCAAUAUCCCCACGUUCGAAGCCGUCGAUCUGGACAAGACCUUAGAAAUGAUAGGCUGAACCGUACUUUUACAAACAAAUCCAGCGCGACAACCUCCACUGGCGUGCAAAGCGUUGGCACCGACCUCACAACAAGCACAGACAAGACAAGCCAAAGUUUGAUGAGCGGGGCUUCUGCGGGAGGCUUUAGUGCUACCAGCGCUGGCAGUUAUGCCAGAAGAAAUGGUACAAACCAAAGGCCAAACACAGCAAUGGAUACCAUUCGGUCUCGAGGCUUUAGCGAUGCUGGAAACAUGGACAGGCCAGAAUCUCCUAUGACAGGGGUGUCUUAUCAUUCCAGUCAUAAUACCUCUCGCCAGGGAGCGUCUUCCGCUAUUCCAUGGUCAUCUAACGAUCAUGAUGCGGGUGACUCUGGUGGUGUGUUUGGCGGUCUCUCAACCCCCAAGAGCAAAAAGCAAGGCUUCUUUAAGAAGAUUUUCGAUUCGGCCAAAACCGGCGCUGCUAGUGCCCGUAGCAGUAUCUCCGUCGGACGCAGUGGCUCUCAAUCUCCAACUAAAGGAAGCAGGAUGGUAGAUGCUGUAUCGCCUCUUCUGACCUCCCACAUGACCCGCGACUCGGCUAGAGACACGGAAGUCAACACGAGUGCUAUUGACUGGGUUCAAGUUCGCCGCGAUGUGAACCGUGCAUCUUCACCAAGUCGAAAUGAAAGAAUUGAUAGGGCAGAGCGGUGUCAAAUGAUGGAUCAUCCCGUCAUAUAUGCUGUCGAAGAGCUCCAUGACACCGCUGAAGGCGAUGAGAGCAUUGAUGGAUCACCGAUCAGCGACCCGACAAACUUCAUUGCUGGCAAUCUGACCCUCGUUGACAAGAGUGCGCGGUUCAUCAAUAGUGUACCGCCGAUGACAAACCCAACCAGCUUAGCUCAAGGCUAUAUUUGCCGGCCUUACAAGAGCGAUGUUCAACGCCUUCGGGCCAUCUUCACUUGGGUUAGCGAGAAGAUCGCCUGGGAGGAACCUGUCGAUGGACUUGAAGUUGACAUGAAAAGAGUAUUGCAAGCCAAGCGCGGCAGCCCCCAGGAAAUUGCUAUCUUGGUCAACGAUAUGUGCACUGCUGUUGGUCUUCACUCUGAGGUGAUCUUUGGAUUCUUAAAGAGCCCGGGUGAUACACUAGAUUUAGAAAGUCUGACUCGUCCUAAUCAUUGGUGGAAUGCCGUCCUUGUUGAUGGAGAAUGGCGUAUCAUGGAUUGCGCAUUGGCGAAUCCAACCAACCCUCAACGGAGCAAGUUCGUUACCAACAACUCCUCCAUUGCAGAAUCCUGGUACUUCCUGGCACAGCCACUUGAUAUUUGCUAUACACAUGUACCACUUUACCCUGAGGAGCAGCACAUCUGUCCUCCCAUCUCACCUGACGUCCUGUUAGCUCUCCCGGCCGUGUGUCCACAAUACUUCAAGCUCAAUGCCAAAUUCCCAGACUACGAUACCAGUUUGACUCGACUUGAGGGACUGGAAUGUAUGCAGAUUUGCCUUGUUGUGCCCCCGGAUGUUGAAUGCGCCGCCGAGGUGGAAGCCCCUGCAUUUGCUUAUGACGCAGAUGGUGACUUCUUUGAGAGCGGUGAUAUUGUGCGCAAGCGCGCUCUAGUCCAGCCAGAUUGGUUUAACGGUCAAAAGCGCAUUACUGUCAAAGCUGUCCUACCCGGCGAUGAGGGCCAGGGUGUACUGAAGGUCUAUGCCGGCAAAAAGGGCUUGAUGCACUCCAGCAAAGAUAUCCCUCAUCCGCUGGCUCUGGCUCUCCCUAUCCUUCACACUGGAGAAAACCCGCCUUAUGAUUUUGUGCUCCGUCAUCCGACGCCGCAUGCUCAGCGUCACGAUUUGUAUAUUAUGCAACCUCAGUGCUCCCGGUUGGCAGUCAACAACACCUUCGUUUUUGGCGUCCGCCAACACCCUGCAUCUGCGCAGUCUUCAUCUAAAGAUGAUUUCCCUACACACGGUCGUGCCUCUCCCUCGGUGUUCAAUCGUCCAUCCAGUGCCCUCAGUAUGGUCUCCAGCACUGCAGGUGCAUCGACUGUAUCAAGCGCCUCAAACGAAUUCUCUGCAUCGACUUCUGCUAUCUCAUCUACCCGAUCAGCCAGUGGACGGGAGAAACCGGCUAAAUUGGCAAUACAGUCUCCUUCUGGGAAGAUCCUGCGUCUUAGUCGUAAAGCCGAGCACAUGAUCUCCCCCAACAAUCCCUCCGAUUCUAUUAGGGAUGCUGCGGCUGAGGGUAGUGUGUGGGAAACAGUGAUCAAGAUUGGCGAGCGUGGCACCUGGCGUGGCCUAGUCCUUGCUGACCGCGUUGCGCGGUGGUGUGUCUUCUGCGAAUGGGAAUGUGUGUAA